CACACACACAGAGGCUCACACUGCGUCUAGGCCUGCCUUUUCACUUAUUUGUAUGUCCUGAACAUAUUUCCAUGUCAGUAGACACUUAUCUUCGUAGCGAUAACAGCAAUUAAAUAUUACUGCAGCGUAUAUUUUUACCAUCAUUUAUUUAGCUCAUGUUUGAACUGUUAGGUUGUAUCUAUCGUUUUCUGUAUUACAGACAAUUUGAUGACAAAUGACCAAUCGCCUAAUGUUCAAUAUAAAAAUAUCAAUUGUAUAAGGAGAUAAGGGGUAUUUGGCUAAAAUAAAAUUCAGUGUGCUCCACCUUCUCCACACGUAAUAUGCUCUAAAAAGGCAUGAAUAAUUAAAUUAGCCCUUCUAUUCUCCAGCACAGAUCCUGAGCCCAGCGGAGGGUGCAGGUGCUUAGAGCCUCGGUCUGCUCUUCUGCCCACCAGAAGGCAAAGGCCACUCAACUGCCACCUUAAGACACCCAGGAUCCUCCUCUCCUUUUUUAUUAAUAGAAUAAUGCUCAGGCUCAGUGCAUGAGAGCAGCGCUCUCCGACUUUGCAUUCAUCAGAGUAACCUAGGUGGCUUGUUUAAAAAUACACAUUCCCUGGCUGCGCUCCCAGAAACUGGACUUCAGUGGUUUAGUUGCGGUGUGCAUAGGACAGGUGAUUCUGAGGACCACGAGGGGUUAGGAAUUUCGCCGUUAAUUCUGGCCAAGGGAGACAGCAGACCAUCCAGCAUUGUCCGCAGCAUAUUUUUUUUCCCUCUUUUGCAAUGAAUAUUUGAUGCUCAGCGGGAUCAGCCCCAGGAUGAGGCACACAUCCAAGAAAAAUCCAUGCCUCUCCAUCUUUUCCCCAGGAUUGCCCUUUGGCGAGACUCUCCUUUGCGAUUACUUCAGUUUCCCCGGUUCAUAGAACAAAACUCUUCUUAGUCUCUUUUGGCGUCUCUUGUCUGUUCAACAAACACCCACUGCGCAUGACCAUCCUCCGGAAAGCCCUCGAGUGGGGCCGUUUGGGAGCCCUUCUUCGUGGGGUGGGCACUGAAGGAACCGGGGCCCCAUAAGCCCGUGCUUUUGUGGGGGCUGCUCCCUCUCCCAUGGCAGGUAACUGGCACCAGGCUGUUAAGCUGUGGAUGGGCAACUGGCACAGCGCUUUGGAUGCGCGUAUUUCAGCACGUGGAGUUGGCCCGUGGAGCCGGCCGAGGUCCACGCAGCGUACCGCAGCGCGCGUGCUGCAGAGAAAACUUGGGGGCGGGGGUCGAGGAAGCCGCCCCCCGAGGCUCCCAGCGCAGCCCCAGGAGGAAUCCUGCCGGCAACUAGAAGCUGUGCGCACGGCCGGGCUCGGCGCCGACAACAGCCGGAGCUGCCGGGCCUGCAGCGAACCUCCGCAUCCAGGUGGGGUCUCCGCGCCCCAAUUCCACCCCGCCCCGCCAUCGGCGCUCCCCGCAAGCGCGGGGUUUCCACCCGCCCCGGCGUUCGCGCCCACUCACUGUCUCCCUCGCCCCCUCGGGAGACGCUCCCCGCGUUCUAUCCCGCCCCGCCCUGGCGCGCCCCGCAAAAGAUGUGACCCCGCCCCCCUGCGGUCUCCGCUCCCCCAGACGCUGCCCCUGCCCCCACUUGGGGAGCUCCGGGCAUCUCUAAAGCCCCCAACCAGAGUCCUCCAACCCACCCGCAAGGCUAACGCACCAGCAACGCGGCCCCACCCGCAGGGACCCCGCCCACCUGUGGCGCUACCCCCGCCUCUGCGGCCUCCCACACCGCUAGCGCGGUCCCCACCUACGACGACCCCGGCGUAGGUGCUCCUGCCCACACCCAUCCCCCCGCCAGCCCC